UUUAACAUAAGUAAGAGUGUUAUAAACUUAUCUAAUUGGUCAUACCAUAGAUAAAGGCAUCCUCCACCAUGGUCACUGGUGAUCCGGGCGCUACCAAGCCCCCAAACACUAAGACGGCGGGUUCAGAUGAUGACGACUACACCGCUUCGAUGUCGCACUUAACCAUUGGUCAGCAGAUCCAGGAGUUGUCGAAACAACUGCAAAACACCAAGGAGGAGCUGCACCAGCAGGUGCGGGAUAAACAUGGAGCUCUGCUGCAGCAGGCCACCCACGCAGGUCGAUUCGAUGCGGCCCUAAAUGCGCUGGCUGAGGAUGUGCAGCGGGUCAGGGAGACGGGACACCGCCUGAAGAGCCAGGUGGACACGCAGUACCAGCAGGUGGAAAACCAGACGCAGGUGCUCGGUCGCCUGCACGAUGUCAGUCACCUCCUUCGCUCGGCAGGAACACUUCUGACCCUCACUGCCAAGUUAAAGGGCACUAAGGAUGUCCUUCGCCAGGCGGAACUGCAUUUCGAACUGGGUCAACUAAUCGAGGACAAAGAGCUCAAGGACCUGGAGUUCAUUCAGCAGGAGCGCGCCUAUGUGAUCAGUUCGGGUCAGAAGAUUAGGAACCUCACUCAGAUGCAGUUGGUAACUGGCCUGCAGGAGCGCAAUCAAAACCAAGUGGUUAAUGCUUUGAAGAUCUUCAUGAACUUCAAUACACUGGAGAAAUCCCUGGAAAACCUGCUGGCCACCUUUAUUGCUGACAUGGAGCAAUCCCUCAAGGAGUGUUUUGCCGGCACCGACAUAUCCGUGCUGAAUAAAUCGCCCACGCAUAACGCUAGCAAACCAGCUCCCUCGAGGGGACCGGGGAAAACUCCUCAGCUGACUACCACCCAGAACUUCCGGGCCAAGUUCUGGAAAUCUCUGCACUGGCUGCUCUACGACGAACUCUUUGAGACCUGCACGCAAAUCAAGCUGCUUAAGACGGCUCUGGAGCAGAUUAACCAGUUUGGAUACACUUCAGAGACCUCGGAUCAGUGCAUUCCGCAGCGGUUUUGGAAGCAGGUUCAGCAGCUCCUGCGUAAAUCCUUCGAUGAAUGCUCUCAGCAUGUUACCCAGACCCUUCAGGAAGGACUCUCCAAGCUGCUUACCUCCGCUCGUGGCUUGGAGCAGCGUCUGAAUGGCGAGUUCCAGUUCGACAACGAACUAUUCGCUCCUCUGGAAGUGGGUUACGUUAGCAAGUGUGCUGCCAACUUUAAGGCCUGUUUGGCGGGAGUGGAUUUACCAGGCAACGAAACAGUGGACAAUUUUAUUAGGGUAGCUUCCACAGAGCUGAGUGCUGCUUUGAUCGAUUCCCGUCUCACAAAUUCCAUAGCGAAUGUUUUCGUAGCAUGCGGAAAGGAGUUGUGCACAAAACUAGAGGCUGAAAUCAAGCUGGGAGCUGAUUCCAAGCAAGUUGUGGAUCUACCAAAUCUGCAGCAGCAACAAAACACACAAUUGGCGAAUGUUCUGUACUACUACAAGGAUUCAGUGCGUCGUAUGCUAAGCGAUCUUCAAGUUCAGUUUGAGAAGACCCCGGGAUCAGCCAGGGAAACCAUAUUGCGCUCUCUGGAGCAGGCUGAUCUGCUCAUUGGCACCAUUCUGCAGCAGAUCAUGGAGUCGAUUAUAACAACUAUAAGCAUCAUCAUACUGAGUAUGCACAGAGAGCCGGGAUUGAAUACGGAGAGGCUGUCCACCACGGGUCCAUCGAUGUACAUGAAGGAACUGCAGGAAUUCGUCAACCGUUCCUGGUCCCAUCACAUAGCGCUGUUCGAUGACAAGCAGAUGACCACAAAGUGUGGCCACGAGCUAGCCAAGCGAUGCAUUGAGCUGUUCCUGCACAACGUGUGCAUCUUGCGUCCCUUGAGUGCGGCGGGAAGACAGCGCUUGAAGCAGGACUGCCAGCACAUGGAGCAGGCUUUGAAGCCCCUUUGUCCCAAUCUCGCCGAGCUUGGCAAGCCUUCUCGCCUGCUAAGAGCUAUGUCCCUGUUGAUUGUCCAAACGGCGCAGGAGCUAGUGAAGCAGACAAUCGGGGAGGACUCCCUGGUACCCAGUUAUAUAGUGUUGCUGCUACUCUUUGGACACGCUGGAGCGGAUCUUCAGUCGCCACAUACCACGGCCAACUGGUCUAAUGAACGACUAAUUGAAUGGCUGGAUGGACACACGGCGGAGCGGGAGAAACUGGAGCUGAUUUCGGGUGCACUGCAGCGGUACCGGGACAAUGCCAGGCGCAAGAACAUUCAGCAAUACGACGAAGUUUACCCCAUGAUGGUGGAGUAUUUUGAACAGGCCUUGAAGGCAAUUCCAUAAAUGUUAAUUGUAUUAACUAACUAGAACUAUAUAAAAGUUUGAUUUAAUUUAUAAAUAAAUACUAGCGCUCCCAAUAAA